AUGCGCAAUGGUUUUGCGUAGGUAGAAUAAUUAUACACAUACCGACCGCGCCCAACACAACUCAAGUCAUGCUGAUAAAAGAAACUAAGGUUUGUGGUGUUUUGAAGAAGAUCAUGAUGUGGACGCACAUGCAAGAUGCAACAGACGAUGAUGGUGAUAUAGAGAACACUUAUAUUAUCGAGGCUGCUAUACAACUACGUCGUGACCGCUGCUUCCUUCUGACAAUAUUGUUUCGGCAAAAGUUUAUAUUUUCUUCGAGGACGUCGUUGCAAAUACUGUGUGUUCAGAAUGCAGCAGCUCAUGACAUGGUAAGGCUUGCUCCAUUGGUGGCACCAUUUCUCAGGAUCUCGAGCAGCCUGUACGAUAAAGGAAUUGGUCUGCAGUUUCAUCAUGAACGUCCUUACUCUCAGACAGUUCACCCCCAUGUCAUCAAUAGAUUUCCCGAAUUUCCGGGUUGCAAAUGGUUGACAGGUAGCACCAAGAGCGGUUGGAAACAGAGGCAGAAUCAAGAAUGUAUGUGUGCCUCUAAAACCAGGACAACAUGCGAACAGAGCAGUCACGGGCAGGCUGAAAUUCCAGAAUGGACUUUGAGAGCUUGAUACCACCUAACCAUACAUCGACUGCAAGUCCAGAGUGCUCAGAUUCUACCUCCACACAGAGCACUUCAGCCCCUAACAUCACUUCAGGAAUUUUAUCACCACUUAUGUUGUUACUAACCCUGGGUGGAGUUGCCAGCCGGCUACUAUUAUCAUUUGCUGUUCCCACUCUCAUUGCUUCGUGGACACACGGAUCAAUCCUUGUUUUCUACCUCGGAGUCUCCUCUAUCUCUGCUCACCCUAUGCAACCAUUCACUAUGACUGAGAGACAAACUAGUACCGUUAGUAGUGUACUGACAAUUCCCCUGAAAGGCUGGCCGAAUACUGGCUACUGUGCAACAAUGAGGUUCGGAGAAAACAAGCAGCAAAUAUUCUGCAUGAUAGUAGACACUGGUAGUUCUAACACUGCAAUAGCUUCAACUCCACAUACAGCAUUGGGUGGGAUGGAGUUCUUUGACAUACACAGUACUGGAGACGAAUUCAUCAACGUGAGCAAAUCAGUCGGUGUGACGUACAGUUCUGGAGAAUGGUCUGGGUAUCUGGUCAAGGGAAAAGUAGGUCUUGGAGACCUAAGCAUGGUCGAGGGAGUCUUUGCUCUCAUUACAUCGUCUGAUAAGUUCUUCAUUGAGAGAGCCGACUGGGCUGGCAUUCUGGGACUGGCAUAUAGAUCCUUGGCAAAGCCAGAGCCGGGUGUGGGGACAGUGUGGGACAGCGUCAGAGAAACCAACGGUCUCCAGGAUGUGUUCACGAUGCAGCUCUGUCCCCCGAGGGAGUCCACUCUCUUCCCUGGAACUUUUGUCAGACAGGGAGGCUACAUGACACUAGGCGGGAUCAACACGUCUCUCUAUCACACCAAUAAACCAAUACACUAUACUAAGAUAGUUGAGGAAAGAUUCUUCAAUGUGCUGCUGACUGACAUCUCAGUUGGAGACAGGAAGCUCAACAUAUCUUGCAAAGAGUUUAACACCGACAAGACUAUAGUCGAUUCUGGAACAACUGACAUCUAUUUUCCUGAAAAAGUCUUUGAAGCCAUCAAGGAUUGCUUCACUGAAUACUUCAAAGGUGGACUGCCAAUAGUAGUUCCAGAGGAGUUCUGGAUAGGAGAGAGAAAGCUGCUCUGGCAGGCAGCCCACGUGGAGGAGAUCUACGAAUGCUUCCCCACCAUCCAUUUGAGCAUGGCCGACCACCAGAACAGCAGCCAGCAGUUCACGUUGGCAAUCGUGCCCCAGGUAAUCACAUACAGCACCUAUAGCAGCCGCAGCACAGCUGGUUGUUGGUGCCAAGUAUUUCGUAACACUGUAUGGUGAGUCGUUACGAGUUGGGAGCAUGUAUUGCCACACCUAAGCACACACCCUUGUCUAUUAUACACCCACACUGCACCCAGCGCCAUGUUCUAUAUACACACUGGCAUUUCUAUUGGCACAGCUCUACUUGAGACAAAUUGAUGUUCUAGUUAGAGAGGCAGACCCCGCAGUGUGCCCCCCAAAGAGCCCCUGCGAUGGAUUCACGUUUGGAGUGAAGCCCAGAGCCCAAGGGACAGUCAUUGGAGCUAAUGCAAUGCUUGGCUACUAUACUGUGUUUGACCGAGAGAAAAAGAGAGUUGGAUUUGCAGAGUCAACAUGUGACUAUCGUAACUCUAAAGCGGUUCCUGCCAUUAGUGGACCACACCCGCGAGGUAAAUUCGUAUUGCACAUUGUGUCAAGUUGUUGCGAAAUGCCCCAAUUAUUAUUACUCAGUACCAGAGGACUGUGAGAUGCCCCCAUUGACCUCACGCUGGGCUACCAUAACGUACAUCUGCGGAGCCAUAACAAUGACGCUUGCAACAACCAUGACUGUUAUUGUUGUCACCGUUCAAGUGAAGCGAUGCUCAAGGAAAAGCUGCAUCAGGAGCACUGCAACACUGCCCAAGCGUACCAUCAACAAAGUUAAAACAGCCCGUAGAUCAGCCACCAUGACUAUAUCCAAAGUUUGCUGCAGUAAAUUUGUCACUCCUCAACACGACGAAGGCUACGCCAGUGAAACCACUCCCCCCUCUCCAUCGCCAUGGGACAGCAUUGAAGUCAGCAUCGUUGUGCUUAACACUCCACUGGACACCGAAGGAAACGAUGAGAUAAUAGUACCAUCCGCGCAACCAGUGGUAGCUGCAGAAUCGACUGGUACGGAAAUGGUUGCCAUUCAACCAUCCAUUCAAAAGUCCACCCAGAGAGCCGGAGCCAGUGGUCACCCGAGGAGAAAAUCAGGGAGUAAACGUUGGAAGAGAAGGCAUCGCCCGGUGAUGGAGUCCGAGACGGAAGGUCUCGAUACUCUGUGUGCUGAAAGUGGCUAUAGGUCUCGACCCACAUCAGCGAUCCAACGAUCGUGUGACACGUAUAGCAGUGGUGUCAUUGUUACUGAGCGUAGGCUUUACCAAGAACCUUAUAGUGUGUUUUGAAACUGAAACACUACAAGUACCAGUGUAGUUGUUUACUCACAUGCACAUUACUAUAAUAACUUGCUCAUUUUUUACGAGCGACGGGUACUAUUACGCUUUACUCGGGCAUCUGCUGAAAUUUUGCACUCUCCUUGCGCUAAGCCGCUAACCAAUAUUGCGUGUGUUCCAGUAAAAAUUGUGGU